ACAAGAAACACCAUUUGUUUCGUAGUCUAAAAUACCCUGCCACGACUGGACCCUGAUCACCAAGACACGCGCCACUGAAAUCGCCUGCUCAGCCGCCCAAGCGCCUCCCCGCCCCUCAUGCUAUCGCGUGUCCAAGGCGCCAAAGCCACUGCCCGCAUUCGGUUCAGCGACAAAAAUAGGGACACUUGAGCUGACUAUCCCUGUAUUCAUUGAAACCUUUCUUUUUGAAACAACACCCACGACUUUUAUAUUCAUCCCUUGGUGGUAAUAAUUGCUUCGCUGGCAUAUUCUCAGUGAUUGUAUGGCUUAUUGCAACUAUAAACCUCUCCUAACGUCCGCCCUGCAUCUUCAGUAACCGCCGACGGCUCACAUACAACAUCAUAUAUGCGCCGGCCAUGUCAACGACAAUGGUCAUGACAAUGGCAGCGCCCACUCUCUCUGCUGAUUCUACGCCGUGCUGCCCGGGCUGUGGCUACUCAUUACCUCUCGAUCACAGCCAAGUUCAACUACUUGAGGCCCAGGCCCGUAUCGAAGACCUCGAAAACCAGGUCCGUCUUCUCAAUGAGAAGGCCACUGCCGCCGUCGAUCGCUGGGCCGAUUACGAAGAUGAACUUGCCAAUUUGCGCGCUCAGCUACCCUCAUCUCCAACUCAGAAGCAACUUCCUGCGACGCCUACAAACCCUCGCAUGUCAUUCCUACAAAGCGGCACCAGUCGGCUAUCAUCUUUCCUCUCCCCGCGCAAGUCACACGAACUUCCCCAUAUCGACACCAACCCCUCCCGACCUUCCAACCAGCGUUCCAUAAGCAGCCAAUCGCACCGCCCACAACAGUUGCAACCCCCGCCAUCUCCAUCAGCUGAAGAUCUUCUGGAGGCGCUCAAUCGAGAACAAUGCUUGCGCAAGGAAGCCGAAGGCAAGGUUGCAGCUACCAGCCAGGAGGUUGAGGAGCUUAGCGCUGCUCUCUUCGAGCAGGCAAAUGAAAUGGUCGCCGAAGAGAGGCGGGCACGAGCAAAGCUAGAACAGCGCGUGGAUGAGCUGGAGCGACGAGAUCAAGAGAAACGAAGACGUCUGGAUAAACUAGAAGGCGCCAUGACGAGGAUCGAAAGAGUAAGAUUACUACUGGCAGAGGCGGAAGAGGAUGUCGAGUCAAGCAAAAAGACUGUCAAAGAGAUCGAGGAGCUAGAAAGGCAGCAGGAAGAGGAAGAACGAAAAGAAAAGGAGCAAUCAAAGCCGAAACAGCCUCGGUAUGACAACCGUGAUUCGGUUUACAGCGUAUCUGUUGAUGAGCAUCCGGAAAGACGGUCUCUGGAAGGGCACAGUAACAAAGAACAGCUGAAUGACAAUAUCAGAGGAGAAAGGGCUACAAUGACCUCCCGAGCUUAGAUUGUUUAUGCCCCUCGGUUGGCCAAGGCGCAGGCAGGGCAGGAUUCGAGGAUGAAAUACCUUAUUAAUGCAUAAUGAAGAACGAUACAUCUUGUGGGACCAACAGCCAUGGAGCAUGGAGUCGGCUAAAGUGGAAUAUUAGGAAUGGGGCGUUACGUGGUACGGGGCGAAGAAUGCAAUAGAGUGUACGAUGGUGAGCAUAUAAUAGUAUGAACGGUCUACCUUUAACAUACAACAUACGGCGUAAUGUGAGUACAGUC